ACUCUGAAAAGGGAGAGUGCGGCACAGACUCUGAAAAGGGAGAGUGCGGCACAGACUACUCCGAAAAGGGAGAGGGCGGCACAGACUCCGAAAAGGGAGAGGGCGGCACAGACUCCGAAAAGGGAGAGGGCGGCACAGACUCCGAAAAGGGAGAGGGCGGCACAGACUCCGAAAAGGGAGAGGGCGGCACAGACUCCGAAAAGGGAGAGGGCGGCACAGACUCCGAAAAGGGAGAGGGCGGCACAGACUCAGAAAAGGGAGAGUGCGGCACAGACUCCGAGAAGGGAGAGUGCGGCACAGGCUCCGCAAAGGGAGAGUGCGGCACAGGCUCCGAAAAGGGAGAGUGCGGCACGGACUCUGAAAAGGGAGAGUGCGGCACGGACUCCGAAAAGGGAGAGUGCGGCAGAGACUCUGAAAAGAGAGAGUGCGGCACAGACUCUGAAAAGAGAGAGUGCGGCACAGACUCUGAAAAGAGAGAGUGCGGCACAGACUCCGAAAAGAGAGAGUGCGGCACAGACUCCGAAAAGAGAGAGUGCGGCACAGACUCCGAAAAGAGAGAGUGCGGCACAGACUCCGAAAAGAGAGAGUGCGGCACAGACUCCGAAAAGAGAGAGUGCGGCA